AGAGUUUUGAGUGGUUCUGAACAAAUGCGUGUUCUGAAUUUUUUUUUUCUUCCACGGAGCCAUGGAAUCUGUAAUCGUGAAUUAUUACUACUAUACUAAGUUAGUUCGUGUAGAUGACUAGAUGUUGGUCCCGUGCUAUAGCUCCUGCGGUCAGUGGAGUGGUCGCCAAAUUGCUAUUUGGUUGGAGCAGGGGGCUUAAUUUGUGAUUACUAACCCGUGCGAUCUGUUUGUAAGUUGCGUCGUGGACUUUGUAAACGCUGAUUUAGUUAUUCCAUCAAUUUGCAGUUGCUCUCGUCAUUUCCUUAUCUGUGAUGCUGUUGAUUGGUUGGUGGUUUGGUUGUGGACCAGUUGUUGAGAAGAGCAGUUAGAUCUUGUUAAUAGUUUUUUUUUUCUGCUGUACAUGGUAACCUAUAACAUGCAGUGUGUCCUGAAGUCUUAUGUUGCUUAUCGAAUCAAAUUAGGUAAGUAUAUGAGCAGUCGCCAUUCACUAGUUUGAAUUGGAGGGCUAAGUUAAUCAUUUUCUCUCUUACAAAGAUUAGCCACACAGUUCUUAGGAAUGAAAAGAAGAUGUAUCAUUAUUAAUAUUAAUAAUUAGAGCAUGCUUUAAGCGUAUGACAAGAGUCACCAAGGUUUGCCGCUAUGGUUACUGGGAAGGAGCAGCAUGCUCCACAAAGACGCACUACAGAAGACUAAAGAGAGCUUUUUCAUACCAAAGAAGUACAACAAAAGAUUUGCUCCUCAUUUUCUGAAUCCUGGGACUCUCUAGCCUGUAGAAGAAGAAAGGCAGGAAUUUCAGCUCAAGAGAACAGAUCACAAUAUUUACCCACGGCACUGUCUCGCAAUAUGGCAAUGAAAAAUGUUGUCCGUUUCUUUUUCGUGUUAAUACAUGUGAGCAGUUGUUUGGGUCGAUCAGGGAAAAUGUUUUCUCCUGGCUUUGUUUCAUUGUCAGAGUCAUUACCGAGCUGGCCAAUUGUGAGUGCAGGAAUAUCUGUGACCGCUUCACUUGUUUUAUCCUUGUUUCUAAUAUUUGAGCAUCUCUGCGCAUACCAUCAACCUGAGGAGCAAAAGUUCUUGAUUGGUCUCAUUCUGAUGGUUCCAGUAUAUGCUGUUCAAUCAUUCUUCUCAUUACUGAACUCAAAUGUUGCAUUUAUAUGUGAACUGAUGCGGGACUGUUAUGAGGCAUUCGCCAUGUAUUGCUUUGAGAGAUAUCUCAUAGCAUGUUUAGGUGGGGAGGAAAGUACAAUCAGAUUCAUGGAGGGUCGAUUUCAAUUCAGUGAGAGUUCUCCUCUGCUAGAUGUUGAUUAUGAUUAUGGUAUUGUGAAGCAUCCUUUCCCAUUAAACUGGUUUAUGAGAAAUUGGUACCUUGGUCCUGAUUUUUACCAUGCUGUGAAGGUUGGGAUUGUGCAAUAUAUGAUACUGAAGCCUAUUUGUGCCAUCUUGGCAAUUUUUAUGCAACUUAUUGGGAUCUAUGGGGAAGGAAAAUUUGCAUGGAGAUACGGGUACCCAUAUUUGGCCAUUGUCCUAAAUUUCAGCCAGACAUGGGCAUUAUACUGUCUAAUACAAUUUUAUACUGCUACCAAGGAGAAGUUGGAACCUAUUAAGCCCCUGUCUAAGUUUCUAACCUUCAAAUCCAUUGUAUUUUUGACAUGGUGGCAAGGUAUUGCUGUUGCAUUUCUUUUUUCAACUGGGCUUUUUAAAGGACAUUUGGCGCAAAGAUUUCAAACACGUAUCCAGGAUUACAUCAUAUGCCUUGAGAUGGGGGUGGCUGCAGUGGUUCAUUUGAAAGUAUUUCCAGCUAAACCUUACAGACGUGGGGAGAGAAGUGUUAGCAAUGUUGCUGUGAUGUCUGAUUAUGCAUCUCUGGGAGCUUCAGAUCCUGAAGAAGAACGAGAGAUUGACAAUGUAGCAAUCAUGCAAGCUGCUCGUCCUGAUUCCAGGGACCGGCGAUUGAGUUUCCCUCAGAGUGUUCGCGAUGUCGUUUUAGGAAGUGGUGAAAUUAUGGUUGAUGAUGUCAAAUAUACAGUUUCCCACGUCGUGGAGCCUGUGGAGCGGAGUUUUUCCAAGAUAAACCGGACACUUCAUCAAAUCUCCGAAAACGUCAAGCAGCUUGAGAAGCAAAAGAGAAAGGCUAAGGAUGAUAGUGAUGUUCCCCUUGAACCAUUUUCAGAGGAAUUCGCAGAAGCUCAUGACAAUGUUUUCGGAGGUAGUGUUAGCGACAGUGGAUUAGCUAGGAAAAAGUACAAGAACACCAAAAGGGCACCGUCGUCUCUGAAACCGUUCGAGUUCAGAUUAGGUAGAUGGUUCCAGUAGUCAGCCAGUUGUGGUUUAUUGGGUUUUGUUUCUGACCAACAGGGAGCUAACCUCAAAUCCAGCAGUUUAUACAACAUAGGACAUACUGGGGGCAAAGCGAUGACAUUUCCGAAAACUAACAGUUCACAGGAGGAUGAUGUGCACUGGAGCUUCAGUUUCCUUCAUUAACUUUCCUCUUGUGUUUAUACAGCUCGUCCUGGCCCUUGUCAAUUUCAGGAGGCAGUUACUAGAAUUUUUUUUGUCAUGAGAGCAGCCUUGUUUAGUCUAGUUAACUACACUUACUACAGGCAAAGAAAUAUUAAGCCGCGGCAAAGCAACUACUACUGAAUACUGAUGUAACCCUCCUUAAGUUUCUUUGAAUUAACAUGCAUAGAAGGGAUACAUUUGUAAACUGAUGAACAACAUGUUUCAAAUCGGUAAAGUGAUAAUAGCACCAAUGUGAAGUUCUGUUGUUA